GAAACGGAAAUUCUCAGAAAUGUCAAUUCCCAUUUAAUCCUAUUCCGUUUUUAGUAACUUUGUAAUUCGUCUUUAAUUAUAUUUACUGUCUUAGGCUUAUAACAGAGAGUAAAAUAUUGAAUUAACGUAAAGAACUAGAUAGUGAUUAGAACCCUCCGAUUUGAUUUGUAUUUUUAUAACAUUCGUACACUAAACAACACGUUAAGAGGUUAACAUAUUAAACAAAAAAAAAUGGCAAACAUAGAAGACGAAUGGCAAGAAGAACCGGUAACUGUGCAGAUGCCUCCUCCACAAUAUUCGCGCCCUCAGUAUAACAACAGAUCACGAGGAACAAGAGGAAGAUAUCAUCAAAAUGAUUUUAAUAGAAGUAGUGAAAACAAUCGUGAUCAAUAUUCUUCAAAUGCAUCUGGAUAUCAAUCUCAAAACUCACGUCCUCAAAACAAUAACAGACAACGUGGAUCACGUGGUAGAUAUCAGGAAAGGUCAAAUUGGAGACAAUCAGAAGUAAAUAGUAAUGAACCAUCAGGUAGCAGUCAGACAGCUACAGAAAAUGGCACAAAAACCAAUGCAUUUACAAUGGUUAAUGAACAUGGAGUUGAAGUAAUCGAUUGGGAUAAACUGAAUGCUUUUCAUGACAAGGCACAAAAAGAGAAAUGGGAUAAAUUACCACCAAUUGUGAAAAAUUUUUACAAAGAAGAUCCAGAAGUUAGUAAAAUGUCACCCAAACAAGUUGCAGACUGGCGGUGUUUGAAUUUUGAUAUUCAAGUGAAGAGAACUUUUGCUGACAGACCCGAUUUAACUCCUAUACCUAACCCCGUAAUAACAUUUGAACAUGCAUUUAAAAACUACCCAGAAAUAUUGGUUGAAAUAUAUAAACAAGGCUUCAAAAAACCCUCACCAAUUCAAAGUCAGGCAUGGCCAAUUCUAUUAAGAGGAGAUGAUUUGAUAGGAAUUGCACAAACAGGUACGGGUAAAACACUAGCUUUUUUGUUACCUGCUUUGAUUCACAUUGAAGGUCAGGUUGUACCAAGAGAAGAGAGGGCAGGCCCAACAGUGCUUGUUUUAGCGCCCACAAGGGAGUUAGCCAUACAAAUACAUAAAGAAGUAUCAAAGUACCAAUACAAAGAUGUAAAAUCAGUAUGUGUAUAUGGUGGAGGGGAUCGGAAAGAACAAAUAAAAGUUGUUGCUAAGGGUGUGGAUAUAGUCAUAGCUACUCCUGGACGCCUCAAUGAUUUAGUUCUGGCAAGACAUUUGAAUAUAAUUAAUUUUUCUUACAUUGUUUUGGAUGAAGCUGAUAGGAUGUUAGAUAUGGGAUUUGAGCCACAGAUCCGUAAAUCAUUGUUUGAUGUGAGACCGGAUCGGCAAACUGUUAUGACUUCAGCAACUUGGCCGCCUGGGGUUAGGCGUCUUGCCGAAUCAUAUAUGAAAGAUCCUAUACAAGUCAACGUAGGUUCAUUAGACCUUGCCGCAGUCCAUACAGUCACCCAAAAAAUAAUGUUUGUUGAAGAAAAUGAAAAAGAAAAUAUUCUUAUGACAUUCAUUAUAAAUAUGGGUCCAGACGACAAAGUUAUAGUAUUUUGUGGCAAAAAAGCUACAGCAAGUCAUAUUUGUACAGAAUUAAGUGUAAAGGGCAUACGUUGUCAGUCGUUGCAUGGUGAUAGGGAUCAAAGUGACCGUGAAGCGGCUUUAGAAGAUAUGAUGGAUGGUUCAGUUAAUAUAUUAAUUGCGACAGACGUUGCUUCCAGAGGUAUUGAUAUACAAGAUUUGACACAUGUUAUAAACUUCGACUUUCCUCGACAUAUUGAAGAUUAUGUGCACCGUGUUGGGAGGACAGGUAGAGCAGGGAAAGUUGGCACUUCUUUAACAUUUAUUUCAAGAAGUGAUUGGGCACAUGCUAAAGAACUUAUCAAAAUAUUGGAGGAAGCAAAUCAAGAAGUUCCCGAUGAAUUGGAAAUGAUGGCAAAACGAUUUGAAGCUAUGAAGUUACGUAGAGCAGGUGAGGAUCGCGGUAGAGGACGUGGCCAUAGAGGAAACAGAGGUUCUUAUGGUCACAGAGAUUCAUAUGAUCGAAGAUAUUAAUUCUUAUGUAAGACAAAUAAAAGUAUUUAAGUUUG